CUUUUUACUCCUUUCAUUUCUCCCCUCAUUCUCUCUCUCUCUCUCUCUCUCUUUCUUCAUUCUCGUAGUGUUUCUCUCUCUUCUUCCCCUUCAAUGGUGGUUGAUCUGAGAGAACACUACUGAAAUAUACAAAAUUUCUACUCUCAAAUCUAGGGCAUUGCAUUGUAUUGCCCUAGCACAUUUCACUUCUCACGCGCCAUUUUAAACAGGCAACAAACACCACACACACACACACACACACACACACAUAUAUUUAUAUAUCUCAUACAUUUUUGAAAAAAAGAAAAAUAAAAAUGUUGCCGCUUGAUUCGUUCGAUGAGUUUUUAUUCUCUGCUAGCAGAGCAUUGUGUAGUCCCCUCGCGAUUUUCAUUCAGAUCCAGGAAAAAGAUGAACAACAAAUAUGGAAUGGAGAGAAAGCUAGGAGAUUCCUUUGGAAAAGGGAUGUUUAAUCUGCUUAAUACUGGCUCUUGGAUGGGCUUUAGCUGCUUAUGUAAGCUUUGGUUUCUUUUUGCAGGGGCAGGGAGAUUCGACGCAUGAAGGAUAGUAUGAGAUGUGGCAAUAGUUUUGCGUUCCUUACAAAGGAUAUCAAUGACCUUGAGCAUUCAAAUCAGGUCAACUUGCCCCCAGUCUCAGUUGUAAUGCCUUUAAAAGGGUUUGGAGAGCACAAUCUACACAAUUGGAGAAGUCAGAUCACUUCUCUUUAUGGUGGUCCUUUGGAGUUCCUUUUUGUGGUUGAAAGUACCGCUGAUCCUGCUUAUCAUGCUGUGAAGCGAUUGCUAGCAGAUUUUAAGGAUGUUGAUGCUAAAGUUAUUGUAGCCGGCCUGUCAACAACUUGUAGUCAGAAGAUUCACAAUCAAUUGGUUGGGGUGGAGAAAAUGCAUAAAGACACCAAGUAUGUCUUAUUCCUUGAUGAUGAUGUUAGAUUGCACCCUGGAUCAAUUGGAGCCCUUACUACUGAAAUGGAAAAGAAUUCAGCGAUCUUUAUUCAAACAGGAUAUCCUCUCGAUUUACCAUCUGGAACUUUGGGAAGUUACUGCAUUUAUGAGUAUCACAUGCCAUGUUCCAUGGGAUUUGCUACUGGUGGAAAAACAUUCUUCCUCUGGGGAGGAUGCAUGAUGAUGCAUGCAGACGAUUUUCGAACCAACCGCCAUGGUGUAGUGUCAGCGCUUCGAGAUGGUGGCUACUCAGAUGACAUGACUCUAGCAGCUAUAGCUGAGGAACACAAGAGGCUUAUUACAUCACCACCAGUUGCAGUCUUUCCACAUCCUCUUGCAAGCGAUCUUACCUUCCCUAGGUACUGGAAUUAUUUGAGGAAGCAAACGUUUGUACUGGAGUCAUAUACAACAAAGGUUAACUGGAUCAUGAAUCGGGCUUUAUUUACAACCCACUGCUAUCUGUCUUGGGGUUUUGUAACUCCAUACUUCAUGGCUGGGAUUCAUGUGGCAGCAGCACUGAGAUAUUACUUUAAAGGAUACUCUCCUGAUGAUACAGUCUUGACAUGUAAUGGGUUGUUACUUGCUGGAUGCCUUGCCAUAUGCACCCUGAUUGAGCUCCUUUCCAUGUGGAAUUUGACAAGAAUUGAAGUUCACUUGUGCAAUAUGUUGUCUCCCGAGGCACCUCAACUAUCACUUGCUUCUUAUAACUGGUGCCUUGUAUUCAUUGCAAUGCUGGUAGAUAAUUUCUUAUACCCACUGUCUGCGAUGCGUUCUCAUUUUUCUCAGUCCAUCAAUUGGUCUGGUAUCCGGUAUCAUUUGAAGGAUGGGAAGAUAUACAAGAUCGACAGACACAAACAUUUGGUUCCUAAAAUUACAGAUUUGGCAGGAAAAGAUUUGCUUGGGAAGAAUGGAUCAACACCUAAGGUUGCUAUUAUUAGUUCUUUAUCUAGAACUCUAGCUCAGUGGCGCCAACCGAAGAAAUAUGAAGUUUAGAUAAGAUCCUAACAGUGGUAAAUUAUGUGAUUCUUUUGCUCCCUUGGUGGUAGUGACCAAGGAAUUGCAGGGCCGAUUUUUUUUUUUGGAUUAUUUAUCCUUGAUUUAAGGGCACUUCAUUGGUAUAGGUUGUAAGUGUAAGGUUUAUUGUUUCUGGCUAUUAAAUUCAUCACUUCAUUCUUCACACUCAGGCCUUACCAUGCUUGGGCUGGUUUUUGUAAUUUGUAAUCCGAUGUCCAUUUCAAUGUUAGCUUAACAUGUUCCAAUGAUUGUAUUUGGGUGGUUGACCAAUUAGAUGGCGGCAAGUGUACGAUCUUUUUGUUCUGGCUAUUACAUUCA